AUGUGCUCAGCGCGACCGCAAGUUCAUAGCGCCCCUAAAUGUUCAUCAGGGAAAACUGUUACAAGAAACGUUCCAGGGACUGGAAACAGGCAGUCGCCGGUCAACAUCGUGACAAAAGACGUUACGGCGGAUCCUCACCUGAGAGACAACCCGCUGCAUUGGAAAGACACUGGCCUUCGGGGGACGAGCAUCUCCAACACCGGUAACACGUGGCUAGUGAGCGUCAAGGCUGGAGGACCCAAUCUUCACGGCGGACCUCUCCAGCACGACUACCAAAUGGAGAUGAUGCACGGUCACUGGGGUAAGACCCACGAUAGCGGAAGCGAGCACGCUGUCGACGGGAAGCGCUAUGCAGGCGAACUGCAUCUGGUCCAUUUCAACGCCGACAAGUACAAGUCGUUCGUGGACGCUGCUGCAUCUGAAGAGGGCCUCGUCGUGGUGGCUGUGUUCUUGAAAGAAGGUACAGCGCACCCGCAGCUUAAGAGCGUCGUAGACUGCAUCCCCUACAUCAAGUACAAGGGCAUGAAGUGCGCGCUGCAGCAGCCUUUAGACGUAUCCUCGCUAAUUCCACCCAGAAGUACCUACUGGACGUACGAAGGCUCGCUGACGACACCACCCUGGUCCGAGAACGUGACCUGGAUUGUCUACAAGCAACCCAUCGAAGUGUCACCCGAACAGCUUGCAUCCUUUCGCAAGCUGUUAUCGUACGAGGAGGCCGUGAAACCGCAGAAUUCGACGGACGGUCCUAUUGACUGCAAUGUGCGAGCCACACAGCCUCUUAAGCACCGAAUCGUGCGAGAGCCCCCAAAGAAACAGGACAGCCGCACUUGCUUAAAGUUCGCCUUUUCCAAAGGAGCCCUCACGACCCCCUUAAAAACAUAA